CCCUCCUCGGACGUGGCGGGGGAGGGGCUGGCGCGGAGCGGCGCCGCCGCCGCCGCGAUGUGGCAGAAGUCGGUGUGCGUGGGGCUGCUGGCCCUGGCCGUGGGCUACCUCUGCCUGCUGGGCCCCGAGCUGCCCCAGUCGGCGCUGCAGCACCUCUCCGCCUCGCUGCUGGGCGGGCUGCGCCGCGCCCGCUCCCUCGAGGGCCGCAUGGUGGCCGCCUGGCAAGCGGCCAUCGUGCGCCCCGCGCGGCGCUGGGCGCGCGUGGCCGUCGGAGUCAAUGCCUGCGUAGAUGUUGUUCUGUCUGGUGUGAAGCUGUUAGAGGCACUUGGUCUUGAUCCUGGGGAUGGGAAAAAUCAUGCUGUCUUGAACUCCAGACAGGACCUGAAGGAAGCAUUCACUUACUUCAUGCAGAAAGGGGCAGCUGCUGAGCGCUUCUUCAGUGAUGCAGAGUCUUUCCACCACAUAGCACAGACAGCUUCAGAGUAUCCUGAUGCACAGCUUUAUGUAGGAGGAAACGCUGCUCUUAUUGGUCAGAAGCUUGCAGCAAAUCCAGACCUGAAGAUCCUUCUUUGUGGCCCAGUUGGCCCUAAACUUCAUGAACUACUUGAUGACAAUGUAGUUGUGCCACCUGAAUCUAUGCAGGAAAGAGAUGAAUUCCAUCUUAUCUUGGAGUAUCAAGCAGGGGAAGAGUGGGGACAAGUGAAAGCACCCAGUGCGAACCGCUUUAUCUUUUCUCAUGAUGUAUCAAAUGGCGCCUUAAAUAUGUUGGAAGUGUUUGUGUCUAGCUUGGAUGAAUUUCAGCCAGAUCUUGUGGUGCUCUCAGGACUUCAUAUGAUGGAGGGCCAGAGCAAGGAGAUGCGACAGAGACGACUUAUGGAGGCUGUGGCCUCCCUAUCUGAUAUCCCUACUGACAUUCCCAUACACCUGGAAUUGGCUAGUAUGACUGAUGAGGAUCUUAUGAGCAACAUUAUGCAUCAGCAGGUCUUUCCCCUGGUGAACUCUAUUGGGCUGAAUGAGCAGGAGCUGCUGUUCCUCACACAGUCUGCUUCUGGUCCCCAUGCCUCCCUUGCUUCCUGGAAUGGAGUUCCUGAUGUGGGUGUAGUCAGUGACAUCCUCUUCUGGAUCCUGAAGGAGCACGGGAGAACCACAGACAGGGUCUCUGAUCUCACACGGAUCCACUUCCACACCCUGGCUUACCAUAUCCUUGUUACAGUGGAUGGGUACUGGGACAACCAGAUUGCUGCUGUGGCUGCUGGAGCUAGAGCAGCAGGGAUGCAGGCCUGUGCAACAGAGACCAUUGAUACCAGCAAAGUCUUUCUUAAAGCUCCUCUGGAGUUUGUGACCUCCAAGACAGAGGCACCCUCCAAAAUAUCUUUAAACCCGGAUGAGCCAAUAGUGCGCUGGCACAGAGAAGGCAUCUCAUUCCACUUCACGCCUGUUUUGGUGUGUAAAGACCCUGUCCGGACCGUGGGACUUGGGGAUGCUAUUUCAGCUGAAGGACUACUAUAUUCAGAAGUAUAUCUUCAGUAGAAGACUAAGACCCAACUUUUUCUUCAAUACUGUAUGGUGUCUGAGGAAUCACAGUGUUCUCAUUAGGACUUCUACCAGUGGUGGUAUAGGAAUAGAAUUAGAAUUAGGGUGUGUACACUUUUCUGGAUAUAACUGAAAAAGAGCCAAAGAAUAAUUCCAGGUAUAAGCUGUCAGAUACAUUCCAGUCACUUGGCAGUGACUUGAACAUUUCACAUUUAAGUGCAGAGGUUUUAGUAUUUUAAAGCAAAGACUGGCUUUUCUCUGUCUUAAGCAUGUGGAGAGGGAAAUGAGUAUCCAGAUCCCUGUUUGGAGUAGGUUUGCUGUUCGUAACCGUGAAUCAGUCUUGUCUUAGUGCUUGAAAGUAUAGCAGCCAGGAGAAUUUCCUGCUUAUGAAUCCCAGGGAGACCACAGCCGUUCUCGGCCCUUUCUUGCUUCUGAUAAAGUAAAAAUAAAAGGCUCUUGCAUUGUCUUCUCACAGCACAUUGCUACAGGGCAAGAGCAAACCUUCUGCUUGCUUGGUGUGAUGAUGAAAUCUCUUACUGACAAAAUUACCUCUCAACCUCAGUGCCCCCAGCACUGGAGGGAGCCAGAGAUCCUGAAAUGUGAUGCACACCAUACCUACUCCUUAAAUGCACAGAGAAAACCUGACUCAAGACUGCAGUGGUUGUUUUGGGUAGCUAUCUGGUUGUCUCUGUUAUUUAUGGUAUUCAACUGAGCCCUAGUAGCCUGUACUUAGUUUUGGGGUAAAUAAAAGUGAAGAUAAUCAGGGCUUAUAUUUGGGGGAACAGCUUUAUUUGCUUGUUGGGAUAAUCCCCAAACUUUCCUGUGCUAGUUAUACACUAAAUACCAAGAGUUUCAGACAAAGGGGCUCACAGUUUGCUUCCUUUCCUAAUAGCAGGUGCUUAUAUCUGAUCUCGCUCAUCUUACAAAAAACCUAUUAGAUGCUGGAGCCUAAGAUUUUGUUUGAGAACUGUUGUGGCAAUUUUUUUCAGUUUCCCUGCGUCCCAUUCAGAAGGGUUAUUAGGCACAGUCCCUCUGGGGACUAAAAUGCUGUGAUGGCACCUUCCAGGUAAGAUUGGAGUGCAUCUCUUCUUUUUAUUUUGGAUGAAGUCACUGAUAAUAGUUUCUUUGCUCAGGACAGCCUUUGAAAUGGAAAAAGAAAUUAGAACUUGUGUGUCUCAUCACCAAAUGAUGCCUAGUAUCUUGGCAUAGCUAGUUUAGAAAUCUUGUUAAAUACUUUGUUUUUAUUUUUUUUCCUCUUGAUAGUAGCACCCUAUAUCAAUUGCACAGGAUAUUCUGCAUGAGAUCGAUAACAGGAUCUUGUGUUGUCCAUGUCUCCUGCCAGGAACUUUAAUGUAUUUGCAUAGCUAUCAUACGGAUUUUUCGGUAUAACUAAAUUAAAUGUAACCAGUGUAUCUAUGCAAGCCAGGACUGUACUAGAAUUUGUUUGAGGUCACUUAUCUGAAUGGGAGGAGUGAUAUGGAGUCAGUAUCACUUUGGCUGGAGUGAGCAGUUUUACAGUACUGAUGUCACAUUGCUGUCAGUGAUGUUUCCCUGUUGGAAAAAGCCAUUGCAAAAACUCUGUAAGGAUAAAAAUUGACAGCUAUAGUAACCUGUACUGACUUAUACACUGGCAGACAGUGUUCUGUGUUAUUUAACAACUUCUCCUUCCCCUCUGAGGAGAGUCUGUUUUGUAGUACUGGAGAGAGCCAGUCAGCACUAUGCUUGUCUCUAGCUUAGACCACCCUGAUCGUUCCGUGGGUCUUGGCAUUUGUCUCCAUGAGGAAUCGUCUCAACACUGGAAGUCUUUCUAUCCAGAACUUAUUUUUGAUAAAUUGUAGCAUGGGACUUGGAGAUCUGUUUUAGUCUUUCUAAAGAAAAAAAUU